AUGUCUAUGGAGCAGAUCCCCACGGCCGGGAUCCCCAUGGAUGGGAUCCCCAUGGAUGGGAUCCCCGUGGAACCUUCGUGGCCGAGGAUGUCUACAGAGCGGAUCCCCACGGACGGGAUCCCCAUGGGUGGGAUCUCUGCAGACCAGAUCUCCACGGCUGAUGCUGACCACUGCAUGGACAAGAUCUCCACUGACAGCAUCCUCGUAGCCGAGAUCAACCCAGAUCAGGCCUCCAUGGAUGGGAUUUCUAUGGACCAGAUCUCCAUGGAUGGGAUCUUACUGGACCAGGCCUCCAUGGGCUGGGGAAUGGCUUGUGACGGGCACAGGGCCUUCGGCUUCAUCCCCAUCUUCAUCCUCGCAGCCGGACUGCUGCUGGCCGCCCCACUGACGACGCGAGCUCAGGCAACGGGCAACGAAGGCGAUGAGCUGCCGGAGGAGGACGAGUCCCGUAUCAUCGGCGGGAGACCCUGCUCCAUCACCCAACGCCCUUUCCAAGUCGCCCUCACCAAGAGGGGUCAAAUCCUGUGUGGGGGAAGCUUGGUAGACGCCCAAUGGGUGCUGACAGCCGCCCACUGCCGGCAACCAAUCAGAGAACUCAAGGUAUUAAUCGGGACGGACACGUUACGAGACGGGACGGGGCAAGUGAGGUCCAUCUCAAGGAUCCAGGUCCAUCCGGCCUACAACCCCCGCAGGAACGACAACGACUUCAUGCUCCUGAGGUUGAACAAGCCAGUUCAGUUCAGCACCAACAUCAAGAAGAUCAGAUUGGCCACGAAGUGUCCCAUGGACGGGAUGAGGUGCAGCGUCUCCGGUUGGGGCACCACCAAAUCCCCUGGAGCAAAGCUGCCCAAAAAUCUCCAGUGUGCCGCCAUCCAGGCCUUCGGGAGGGACAAGUGCACCAGGGCCUACGGGAAUGCCCUCACCCCCAACAUGUUCUGCGCCGGCGUCCCCCAGGGGGGCAUCGAUUCCUGCCAGGGUGACUCCGGGGGUCCGCUGGUGUGCAACGGGGUGCUGCAAGGCGUGGUCUCCUGGGGCAUGGCCGUCUGCGGGCGCCGGGGGCAACCCGGCGUCUACUCCAACGUCUGCCGGGCCACCUCCUGGAUCCGCAAAACCAUCGGGAGGCCUUGA